UUGUCAUCCGUAGCUUCACCACCGCCGUCCUCCCACAACAACAGUCCGGUGAGCCAGAAGAAGAGCGCACAAUGGGGCUGUAAUGUCAGCGACGCCUCGGAUCGGAGCAUCGCCUCGCAACCGCCGAGACUGUGUAUGGAUUUAAUGAUGAUGAAGAAGAAGAAAUUCAAGUUCAGGGUGGAUUUUGAGCUGGACGAGCUGUCGUCGGUCCCCAUCGUAAACGGCGUCCUCUUCUGUAAAGUCAGGCUGCUGGAUGGCGGCUUCUCCGAGGAAUCUUCACGGGAGCCUGUGCAGGCCAACUGCGUCCGAUGGAGGAAGCGCUUCUCUUUUCCGUGCAAGAUGAGCGCCAGUGCAGGAACCGGUGUGCUGGACCCCUGCAUGUGUCGCGUCUCGGUCAGAAAGGAGCUUAAGGGUGGAAAAGCGUACGCAAAGCUCGGUUUUGCAGAUCUGAAUUUAGCAGAGUUUGCCGGCUCAGGAAACACAACUCGGAGGUGUCUGCUGGAAGGCUAUGAUACCAAAAAUACCAGGCAGGAUAACUCCAUUCUCAAGGUUAUCAUCGGUACGCAGCUCAUGUCAGGGGAUCCCUGUUUCAAAACGCCUCCAUCCACAGCCACAGUGAUUGGGAUCCAGAGUGAUGGAGAGAGCCUGCUGGAGGAAAGGAGGGGCGGAGACUCACAGAAAGGCUUUUCUGGUGAAAGCCGAGAAGGAAAGGGUCCCGUCAUGUCAGACGAUCUGGGAGGCUGCGGCCACUCCCGGACCUCCAGCUACGCCAGCCAGCAGUCCAAACUCUCAGGCUACAGCACAGGUCACUCCCGCUCGUCCAGCAUGUCCGAGUUCAGCCACCGGCGAAACCACUCUGUGGGCAGCGCGUCGACGGGAAUCGGAAGCAUCCCGGAGCCGAGCGAGGAGCGAGAGUCCAAACCCUGUCCAGCUCUGCCGGAACACCCGGUUCCCACGGCAACCACGGGAAACCCACCGGGCACACCGGUGCGCAGUUCCUCGUCCUGCGAGCGACUGAACCGACAUCCAAUAAAACAGGACUCCAUGGAGUCUCAGCUGAAGAGAAUGGAUGACACUCGGGUGGACGCUGAUGAUGUUGUGGAAAAGAUUUUACAAAGUCAAGAUUUUACACCCAGCUUACUGGACUCCAGUGCUGAAGAGGAAGGCUUGCGUCUGUUUGUUGGGCCGGGAGGAAGCACUGCCCUGGGAAGCCAUCAUCUGCCCACCAGGGUUGGCGCUGGAGCAUACGAACAGGUGGUGAUGAAGCAUUAGCGCUGCGAUGACAGGAUGACCUUGAUCACACUUUAAACAAAUGGUUUGCGUUUGUUUCUCAAUUCCCACAGCAAACACAACGCCCCUUAUUAUCAGCACUGUGUCAAGCCUGAUCACUGAUUUCUGUCAUAACCAGAGCGCCCCCUUGUGUUCAUUUAAGCCACUGUAAUACAUUCAAGAGAAAGAAGUGGCAAGAUAUCAUCUCAGAUAAACACGCAGAGCUGUAGAUUAAAGAAUUAAAAUGGUUGUUUAUCAAAUCACUCCAAGAAACUGUUAUAUCAUAUUUCAGUUGAAUGUUUUCACUCAGUUUGGGUGCUGGCAGAUCUACAUGUUUAUGCAUUUUUUUAUUACGUCAAUGAGAGGAGAUUAAUUUCUCUUUGUGCACCUUUAAAGUGAAAAGUGUUUUUGAUACAUUCCUUUAGUCUGCUUGUUUUGGACGUACUUAAGAUAGGACUUUAUCUGGAAGAUUUGCCUGCAAGCAGCUGAAGAGCUGCAGUUGGCACCGAUAACUGUUUGUGUUUUCAAGGUGAGAAUAUUUUACUACAGAAACAUAAGAUGUAAGCUAUUUUAUGUGUGAAUGCGGACAAUGAGUGGGUGACAAUGUGUGAGACUCCUGUGUUGAAUGAGUGAUGGGAUUUUAUGUAAUUUAAUGUUGAAACUGUCAAAGACAAAAGAGCAAAACUUGAUUUGUUUACCAAAACUGCAUUUUUUUUUAAAACUAGAUUAUUAGCCAGUAUUUUACGCUUCUAAUCCAUCCAGAAAUUGAACAACCAAAUUUAUUUUAGAAUUAGCAACUUAUUAAUAAAAAUGUUCCCACUUUGCAUCAUUAAAUGAAACUGUAGGUAAAAAUGUGAGAAUUAAUAGCUUGAAUUAAUGUGCAUUUUGCUUAAAAGCUGUGCUUCAGCAAUCCACACCGACCUGCAGGUCAGGGAAAUUACAAAGAAAACAACAAAACAAUGAAAGUUCAUGUUUGACUGAUUAACUGGCUCUUGUGAAUCUGGUGCACAUGUUGCAGUUUUGUUUGUAAACAAACUGAACAGCAAAAAAUCUAGUGAAGUGAUCCACUGCCAAGAAGAAAACUCAACGGUCAGAGGCAUUUAGAGCAAACAGCAACAAUUUAUAUUUAAGUAAUCUCAUUUAAGAUUCACUAAUAUGGAAGAGGAUUAAGGCCAGUGAAAAAAAAUGUAAUAAAAUUCUGACUUUAAA